UGUGUUGAUGGAGGAGUGAAUUUAGUCAGAGAAACACUCGUUUAAAAACCAUGGAGGACAAAGCCCAGAUACAAGACGCCAUUAAAGUCCAAGGUGAAGUCGUCCGCAAGCUAAAGUCGGAGAAAGCGAGCAAAGAUCAGUGAUAGGGUUGCUUACCACUUUUCUCCUGUUCUUCCUGCUGGACUUGACGGUGAUCGCUGUGACCUGUCUGGACUCUCCUCAUCAUCUAUACUGUCUGCAUCUGGACAAUCCAACCCUCUUGGACGUUACUCCACUGCUGUACCUCCAUGUGACUGGCUGCUGUGGCCGGCCCUGCACAAUAACAUUGGAUAACGCUGUACCCAUGAUGCACUCCUGACAUUUUUCUUGUCCAAUACCUGGACGUGACUCUUUAUUUAUUUGUAUCUACUGUACUGUGGGAUGGACAUGCUGGGCAUGUUUUGUACCCGUGCUUGUUCUGGUCUGAUGGGAUGUCGGGCUGCAACACGUGUCCGACUGCUGCAUUCUUUACCUGGGAUCACUGUUGAACAGAUCGAUGAGGAGGUGGCCAAACUGCUGCAACUGAAGGCUAAGAUAGGAGGAGAUGAUGGCAAACAUCAGUUUGUCCUCAAGACGGCGAAGGGAACGAGGGACUACAACCCCAAGCAGAUGGCCAUCAGAGAGAAAGUAUUCAACACCAUCAUCAACUGCUUCAAACGCCACGGAGCAGAGACCAUCGACACACCUGUCUUUGAACUAAAGGAAACAUUGACGGGGAAAUACGGAGAAGAUUCCAAGCUCAUCUAUGACCUUAAAGACCAAGGAGGAGAGCUGCUGUCCCUCAGAUAUGACCUCACUGUGCCCUUUGCUCGCUACCUGGCAAUGAACAAAAUAACCAACAUUAAGCGCUACCACAUUGCCAAGGUCUAUCGCCGUGACAACCCAGCCAUGACCCGCGGACGCUACCGAGAGUUUUAUCAAUGUGAUUUUGACAUAGCAGGUCAGUAUGACGCCAUGAUUCCAGAUGCUGAGUGUCUGAAGAUCGUCCAUGAAAUCCUCAGUCAGCUGGACCUCGGAGACUUCCGUAUCAAGGUCAACGACAGGCGGAUUCUGGACGGUAUGUUCGCCGUGUGUGGCGUUCCAGACGACAAGUUCCGCACCAUCUGUUCAACUGUGGAUAAACUGGACAAGAUGGCCUGGGAGGAUGUGAAGAAGGAGAUGGUGAACGAGAAGGGACUGUCAGAGGAGGCUGCCGACCAGAUCGGGGAGUACGUCAGUAUGCAGGGUGGGAAGGACUUAGCAGAGCGCCUCCUUCAGGACCAGAAAAUGUCCCAGAGUAAACUGGCCUGUGCCGGCCUCUCGGACAUCAAGCUGCUCUUCACCUACCUGCAGCUCUUCCAGGUCACAGACAAGGUGGUCUUUGACCUCAGUCUGGCUCGUGGGCUGGAUUAUUACACAGGAAUCAUUUACGAGGCGGUGCUGACUCAGGCAGGCGUCGCUGCGGUCACCACUGAAGCCCAGAACGGGGCGAGUGGAGAGGAGUGUGUGAGCGUAGGCAGCGUGGCUGGAGGGGGUCGCUACGACGGCCUGGUGGGCAUGUUUGACCCCAAGGGCAGGAAAGUGCCCUGUGUGGGCGUCAGCAUCGGCAUUGAGAGGAUUUUCUCCAUCAUGGAGCAAAAGGCUGAGGCUUCAGCUGAGAGGAUUCGUACCACAGAGGUCCAGGUCUUGGUGGCGUCUGCUCAGAAGAACCUGCUGGAGGAGAGACUUAAACUCGUCACUGAGCUCUGGAAUGCUGGCGUCAAGGCUGAGGUCAUGCACAAGAAGAAUCCCAAACUGCUGAGUCAGCUGCAGCACUGUGAGGAGUCGGGGAUCCCCCUGGUGGCCAUACUGGGAGAACAGGAGCUGAAAGACGGCGUGGUCAAACUACGCGUUGUGGCGACGAGAGAAGAGAUGGACAUUUCCAGAGCUGAUCUGAUCAGUGAGAUCAGGAGGAGGACCUCUGAGGUGUAGCCACUCCUUCAUCGACACCCACAACAUCUGAUUGGUUCACACAGGCACUUGUUUUCUUGUCUUGAAUGAAGCCGUGGAAACACACGGUCAUGUUCACUGCAGCUUCCACACAGUGGUUCAUUUACGUUUGUAAAUUGUUCCUGAAAGACAUUUAUUUCCCUUGUUAUCUGCUCACGACCACACUGUCCACUACAAGGUAAACAUCAUGCUACAGCGCUAACUUCCAACUUUAACACAAAGAUACAUUCUCUGUCUUUCUGUAACUAACGAGUUAUUCUGUCCAAAUAAAUAAAUAAAUACAAUCAUGGAACUUG